AUGGCUGGUGCAAUUGGGGAAGGUUACGCCACUGUGACUACCGACGCUGGUCUAGGAUCCGCAUCGGACCCGACGAACUGGGGACUUGUAAGCCCUGGUAAUUCCAACCUUUAUUUACUCCAAGAUCUAGGCUCUGUUUCCUUGUAUGAUGAAGCGGUUAUUGCCAAGAGUCUGAUCCAGAGUUUUUAUGGUAGCGGUCCAGCAUAUUCUUACUUCAGCGGUUGCUCUCAGGGCGAUCGCCAAGGUCUCAUGUUAGCUCAGCGAUAUCCUGAUGUCUACGAUGGCAUUGUUGCCUCUGCCCCGGCAAUUAAUUGGGCAGAAUUUAUUCCAGCUCUUUGGUAUCCACAACUUAUCAUGAAUCUUAUGGGAAAGUUUCCAUACGGUUGUGAGCUCGAUGCGCUAGAAGCGGCCGCAAUUUCUACUUGCGAUGGGCUUGAUGGAGUGGUUGAUGGUCUGAUAUCUGACAUGGAUGCAUGUUUCUACGAUCCAUUUACUGCUGUGGGUACGGUGAUCCAGAACUGCUCACAGACCAAUACAAGCAUCACAAUUAGCGAGACGGCUGCUCUCAUUGCCAACAUCUCAUGGACCGGCGCGAGAACUGUUGACGGGUCUUUCACUUGGUAUGGAAAAAGCUAUGGAGCUGAUCUGACUGGGCAUUUGACCGCUCAACGAGAUGCAGCGACGGUCUGUUCUAGCAGUGGCACUUGCAGAACCGAUAUUUCUGAUGCAAAUCCUAGCCUUGCUGCUGAUUGGAUCAAGUGCUUUGUAAAAGGAAACGCAGAUUUCAAUUUGGAAAAUAUGACUCACGAAGAAUUUGACAGCAUCUUCCAUACCUCAGUUCAACGAUUCGAUGAUAUUAUUGGUGCCACUGAUCCCGACUUGACUGAGUUCAAAGCCGGUGGUGGUAAGAUGCUUGCAUAUCAUGGUUUAGCGGACCAAAUCAUUCCUCCAAAAGGCACAGAAAAUUACUACAACGCCGUCACAGAUCAUUGUUCGGGUGGAAAUGGUGGUCAGCCUACUUCUAUCUUUGACGCCAUGGUAGCCUGGAUCGAGAAUGGAACUGUUCCAGAAACACUACCAAUCAGCUUCGAAAACCAGAAUGGUACCACAGUUAACAGAAAGCUUUGCUUGUAUCCGUUGCAGGCUAAGUAUAAUGGAUCAGGAGACCCAAAUUCUGCGGACAGCUUCGUAUGCGCCUAG